AUGUAAUAGCUUCACAAAUUUUCAAAUAAGUCUGUUCAGUAGAUUGUAUAAGAGUUGAUGUAUGAUGAGUAUUUGGAAAGAGAUAAUAUGUUGAGAAAUGCAUUUAAUUCAUCGCCUUUGAAGGCAGUUAAGAAAAAAAUAGUAUUUUCAAAGAACAUCUACAAUAAUUAUUUACAGCAAUCACCGAGUUCGGUAACUUCGUAGAAUAAUCAAUGCAAGGUCAUAGGAGUGGUAGCGAUAUAAAAGAAAAAGAAUCAGGAUGCUAUCAUCAAUGUGUCAAAUGUUAAGAAGGUGAACAAACCAAAGGAAUUGAGGGGGUUGUCGAUAUCGGAUCAUAUGGACAAUGUGAUUAGGGACAAAAACAAUUUACCUCAGAUUCAGAGGUAAUCUCAGAAGAGUUUAGUGUUCAAUGAUGAUGAUUUUGAAGGGUACAAAUUGAAAUCGGAAGAAAUGACUUUGGAAAUAGAUGAAUACAUGAAGAUGAAGAAGGACAAGGACUCUUUUUCAUUGCCCAAUAUUUACUCAAGAUAUUAAUGA